CAAUCUUGGCUUACUAUUGUCUUAGCAACAAUCAAGCAAUUUCCUUCCCUUCUUUCCCUCCUUAAAAAAAAAAUUCAUUCAUUUUUUGUUUGCUGCAAAAAUGCCAGAACCACUCCCAAAUUUCUCAAACUCUGUCAAGUUUAAAUACGUGAAACUUGGGUACCAAUACCUUGUGAAUAAUUUUCUUACUUUCUUGAUUGUCCCCAUAAUGGCUGCUCUCAUUAUUCAGGUACUAAAAUUAGGCCCUGAAGAAAUACUAAGUAUUUGGAAUUCACUUCACUUUGAUGUCCUCCAACUACUAUGCUCUUCUUUCCUCAUCAUUUUCAUAGCCACAGUUUACUUCAUGUCUAAACCAAGAUCCAUCUACUUAGUCGAUUAUUCGUGUUACAAGGCCCCCGUCACUUGUAGAGUGCCCUUCUCAACUUUCAUGGAACAUUCACGUUUAAUCUUGAAGGACAAUCCCAAAAGUGUCGAGUUCCAAAUGCGUAUUCUUGAAAGGUCAGGUCUUGGUGAAGAAACCUGUUUGCCACCAGCUAUUCAUUACAUCCCUCCAACGCCAAAUAUGGAAACAGCUAGAAAUGAAGCUGAAGUUGUCAUAUUCUCUGCUAUUGAUGACUUGAUGAAGAGAACAGGUCUUAAGCCCAAAGAUAUCGAUAUUCUUAUCGUUAACUGCAGCUUGUUUUCUCCAACCCCAUCUUUAUCUGCUAUGGUUGUGAACAAGUACAAGCUGAGAAGCAACAUAAAAAGUUACAACCUUUCUGGUAUGGGAUGUAGUGCUGGUUUAAUUUCAAUUGAUUUGGCCAGGGACCUUCUCCAAGUGUGGCCAAAUUCAUGUGCUUUAGUUGUUAGCACUGAGAUUAUUACUCCCAAUUAUUACCAAGGCUCGGAGAGAGCAAUGUUACUUCCAAAUUGUUUGUUCAGAAUGGGGGGUGCUGCUAUACUUUUGUCCAACAAGAGGAAAGACAGAAGGAGAGCUAAGUACAGAUUAAUGCAUGUGGUGAGAACACAUAAAGGUGCUGAUGAUAAGGCAUUUAGAUGCGUGUUUCAACAAGAAGAUCCACAAGGGAAAGUUGGUAUUAACCUUUCAAAAGACCUUAUGGUUAUAGCAGGGGAAGCUUUGAAAUCCAAUAUUACUACCAUUGGUCCUUUGGUUCUUCCAGCCUCUGAGCAACUUCUUUUCUUGUUCACUCUCAUUGGAAGGAAAAUUUUCAACCCCAAAUGGAAAGCUUAUAUUCCUGACUUCAAACAAGCAUUUGAGCACUUUUGCAUCCAUGCUGGUGGAAGGGCUGUGAUUGAUGAGCUUCAGAAGAAUCUUCAGUUAUCUGCUGAGCAUGUUGAGGCUUCAAGAAUGACUCUCCAUAAAUUUGGUAACACAUCAUCGUCUUCACUAUGGUACGAGUUGAGUUACAUUGAGGCGAAAGGAAGGAUGAGAAAAGGUGAUAGAAUUUGGCAAAUAGCAUUUGGAAGUGGAUUCAAGUGCAACAGUGCAGUAUGGAAGUGCAACCGUACAAUCAAAACACCAACUGAUGGACCAUGGGAAGAUUGCAUUGAUAGGUACCCAGUGUUCAUCCCAGAAAUUGUGAAGCUGUAACAAUUUAAUUUAACACAUGACCCCUUUAAAUCCAAACCUAUAUAUUCAACAAAAAAAAAAAAAAAAAGAUUUAAAAAAAUAAAUAAAAAAGGGAUAUUAGGGGUAGUGUUGUUAAAUUGAGCGAGUUCAUCUUUUGUUAAAUUAAAGUGCAUUAGAAAUGUGUGAUUCAGGUUUAUCUUUCUCAACAGCUGGAGUAGUGUUUUUUAUUGGCUACUUGUAAAAUGGUAGUUGGUCAAAUGUCUGCAACAUACAUACCAUUUGCAUUUAGUUUUAGGGUAUAGUAUUUAUUACUGUACGUCCCGAAAAGCUGUAUAAUUAUUUAUUUUUCUCAGCUACUACGAAUUUAUAUCGUGUACUGUACUCUCCCUCCUUUCAUAUCAACAGUUAUAAAUGUUGAAAUCGUAUACACGAAAGCAAAAAAGAUAACUGUUUUCAUUGAA